GAUAAUUUUUAUGUUACAUAUUACAAAAAUUUUGUAUCUAACAAUUUAUGUUAUAUAACACAUACAACAUUCUAAAAUCUAAUAAUUUUUAUGUUAGAUCUGAUUCUCUUAUCAUUUCUCAUAACAAUCUUUCAUGUAGGUACAUUGAAAUAAUUUUUCAUGGGGUGUGUUUGUUUCUCCAUUUCUAAUAAGUAUGCAAUAAGUUUAUUAAGGUAAUACAUAUAACAUAAAACAACCUUAUUAACGUAAUAUAUAUAUAUAUAUAUAAAUUUGUGUUAUAUAAUUUUUAUGUUAUAUAUUAUAAAUUUAUUUUAUCUAACAAUUAAUGUUAUAUAACACAUAUAACAUUCUAAAAUCUAACAUAUUUGUGUUUUGGAAAACCUUGGAUUUAUGAUGUAUUUGGUUCAUUAUUGAUUUGAAAAAUACUAUUGUUUGCUAGUUGAAUUUCCUGAUGAAUUUUGAUAAAUUACAUUUGUGUUAUGAAACCAUGUUGGCCUCUUCAAGAAAUCGUUAUUCGCUGACGAUAUGUUCUCUUUUUCCUUACCUAUAUUUCAUGGUUAGGGACUUCAAUGUGGCAACACAUGAAGAAGAUAUAGGUUACUAUGCUGGAUACGUUGAUAUUUUCAUUAUGCGCUGUCAGCCCCGGAAAAUUAGGUGGUCUCAGGUACUCAACGACAGAUGUGGGGGGAAGUUCUCUUUGUCUAAGGUAUCAGGUUUUAAUAAUCUACUACAAAGAGACAUAUCCGAGUGGAGAUGCUACUGUAGUUCUUAUCAAUGGAUUUCAUAGUUAUAAGGGAGACAAGAUGACCAAGUAUGAAGGGUUUGGCUUACUGGUGCAAAGAAAAAGACUCAUAUGAUGAUUCAUUCCAUCUCACAAGCUGAACAAUUCUCCUCUCCCAAAAGUGGCAUAGACUGAUCACUUGUCGAGUUUAAGUGGAAUGAGAAACAAAAAGCACUACUUACAAAGUGCAUAGAGGAAGUAGAAGAUUCAGUGCAUAGGGGAAAUUGGAUUCUUGUUGUGAGGAACGUCUGGACACCUCAUUCUUUGGGAAGAAACUCUACUGAAGAACGUUUGCUCUUCUUAUGCUUUCUUUUUCAUUUUUGUUGUGUCAGUUUAUCUCUCAAUAUAUACAAUAACUAGACCGGGGAGCCGCGCCAUGCCCCGGGUGGCUGUAGAAAAUUUGUACCUCAUCUCUUAUGGAUCCAGUUUACUAAUUUAUUGUGCUAGAUCUUUAGAUUACAUGUAGGUUUGUGUGAUUUAGCAAAUUGAUAGGUUGUCAAAAUAGUUAGUUGGGAAAAUCACAAUAUAACAUAAAAAAGAGAGAUAUUUAUUUUGUAUGGGGCUCAUCAACGUUUCUGAAUCGAGAACCAUGUCAGGUUAUAACAAAUAAAAAAAAUUGUA